CUUGUGAUACAUUUACUUGUGUCCUAACAAAAUAUUAUAAGGUUAGGUUACUGUAUUCAAUCGAAAUUAUGAAAAAAAUGGAACGGAAUGUUUCUCGAGAUACAUAAAAUAUAUCGAUUCCUGCAUGUAUCUCCUCGUUGUGUGGAUACCAUGCCUCUUGACUUGACCAAGCUCAAAAGAAGGCCAUCAGAAGUUUCAGAACGACCCAAGAAAAAGAUAGACAGAUUCGAUGGAUUGUCGGAAGAGGAAGUGCAAAAAUUAUAUACGUUGGAGGAUUAUCUGGAGAUGAAUCUGGAUAUAGUGUUUGUCGGAAUCAAUCCGAGUUUAACGGCGGCGCACCGUGGUAGAUAUUAUGCAGGUCCCGGUAAUCAUUUCUACAAGCUUCUACACGAGUCUGGCCUAACACCGAGACUUGUCAGCUUCGAAGAGGAUUACAAACUCUUGCAAUACAGUAUUGGCUUGACAAAUAUCGUAGCACGUCCCACUAGAUCUGCCGUAGAACUCAAGCGAGCAGAACUCAAGGAAGGUGCCAAAGUGGUGGAAGAGAAAUUAAGAUUAUACAAACCCAGAAUUGCGGUGUUCAACGGUAAAUGCAUCUACGAAGUAUUCGCUAACAUCACAUUUGCUACUAAAUCCAAACUUCAUUUUGGAUUACAACCGGAGCGCAUUGGCGACACCGCAAUCUGGGUAACACCGUCGAGCAGCGCACGAUGUGCAAAUUUUCCCAGAAUGGUGGACAAGCUGCAUUUUCACACGGCAUUAAACAAGUAUCUGCAUUUUUUGAAAGGCGAAAUUACCAACGUCAACGUGAAGGAAUUCUGCUUUGAGGGAAGCAAGCAAGUUAUACCCAGCACUUCCAAAAUGUGGCGGCGUAAAAACAUCUCUACUUUUCUGCAUGGAGGUCGAGUCGUUAACAAGAACACGCUUGGUCUGGAUGUAUCGGAGGAAGAUAUUGCUCCAAUUCAUACAGCAGAAUUUCUAGUAGAAAAAUUUAAUCACGAAAAAGAUGAUGAAGAUGAGAAUACGCUUCUCAAUAAAGAAAUGUACAGUCAAGAAAUUAAGAGUCGAGUAUCGUUCAACGAAACUGUAGAAAAAACUGAGAAAAAUGUGAAAGAAACGGAAAAGUUUGUAGAUUCUGAUGUUAGUGAUGAAAUGAUUGUUAAUAGGCCAGAAACUGAAGAAAUCUCUGAUAUUAGUAGAAAAGAAAAAAGAAGUCGCACUAUUGUAAUUAACAGUACCUUAAACCACGAAAAUAAUGCAGUCAAUUUGGCAAAUAAUGAAAAACGUACAUCUUCAACAAUUACUCGCAAAAGUCUAGAAAUCCAUAAGUUAAAAAAUUGCAACAGAAAUGACACAGAUUUUAUAAGCUUGAUCAAGCAAAAAUUAUCUCAGAAAAAUAGCAACGAUGAGGAUAUUGUUGCCACCACGAGAUCAAAAUCUAAUUCUAAAAGAAAUAAAACAAAUAUUAACGAUAAUGAUAAGCAUUAAUAUGUGAUUUAGAGUCUCAAAGAUUUAUAUUUUAAUAGCAUGUACGUAUAUCUUAUUUUUUUGUAAGUUUUAUUACCAACAUAUUUAUUAUUUAUAGAAAUACAAAAUGUAACAAGUUAAAUUCAGAAAUCUCACGAUGAACUAUUUGUUAAUUUUUUUUAUUUUUGCCUAUUACUUUCUACAUAAUAUUUGCAUAACAAUUGAAUACACAACAAAUGUUAAAUUGAUUAAAAAAUAAUAUUUAUUUUAUAAAGAAUGCGUUUUAUUUUUCUCGUAUUUCCAAGAUUCGUUACAUUAAUUCAUUCAACGAGCAAAAAAAUGGUGUGAAUGAUUACAUUCAAGAAUUAAACAAGUUCAUAAAUCUACAAUUUUCUCGGUUCUAACAUGAUGCGAAACAUGUUCGUCCAAGUAUCAAAACUUUUUUAUGUAUGUAUGAAUCGUUCUUCCUACAUUCAUUACUCCUUAGAAUAAACUUAUUUAAACAUUUA